AUGGUGUUGGAUGGUCUCUUCACUAUUGAACUCUUUUGCAAAGUUGGAAAAUUGUCACCAAUUGAUCCAGACGAUCCCAUCUUUAACUUGGAAUGGAUAUUCGCUAAUAUCUUACGAGAUCUUUUUCGUUUCGAGAAUCAAAUUCCUUUCUUCCUUCUUCAAAAACUAUUUGAUGAAUCAAAACCUUCAAGAGGAGAUAGUGACUCAUCCCUUGCUAAACUUGCCUUGGAAUUCUUUAACUGUGCAGUAGAAACCCCUAAGCAAGUCUUAAAUCAGGACUUCACUACUGUUGAAGGAAAACAUUUACUGGAUUUACUCCCCUGGAGUUUUAUCCCUAAACUCCCCUGGAGUUUUAUCUCGCGGCUGCAUGUGGGUGAGACCCCAAGCUACCUAUGUACUCUUACUGGGGGAUCAAGCCACACGUAG